AUGGAUCCCCCCGACGCUUGGGACCCCUACAGCCGGCCGGCCCGCCGGACCCAGUGGCUGGUCAGCGCCCUGGCGUAUCACUACGGGCUGGACCGGGGCGUGGAGAACGAGAUCAUCGUGCUGGCCACGGGCUUGGACCAGUACUUGCAGGAGAUCUUCCACCACCUGGACUGCGAGGCGGAAGGCAGGAUCCCCGGCGAGGACUUCCGCACCCUCUGCCAGGUGCUGGGGCUGGCGGACCCGGAGGAGGCGGCGGCCGACCCGGAGGAGUGCGCCGGCCUCUGGGAGGACCUGGCCCCGGAGCUGACUUUCCGCCAGUUCCACGCCAAGCUCUGCGGCUACUUCAGCACCAAGGCCGGCUGCGCGCCGCAGCGCCCGGCGGUGGGCAGGCUGCCGCUGGGCAAGGAGAGCGAGCACAUCGAGACCCAGAUCCGGCUGCGCAGCCCGCUGCGGCGGCACCGAGACAAGGCGGGCCACGGGGCUGCUGCCAUCAAAAGCGGCAGCCCGCGAGGGGCUUCUCCUCCCCCGGCCGCCCCCGGGCUGGCCCCGCACGCCAGGCGGCCGGGCCCCUGCUCCAGGGAGUGCUACGAGGAGAUCGUGGCUCUGGAGCAGGCUGAAGACCGGAUCGUGAAGCUGGAGGAGGAGAACGGCAGCCUGCGGGAGCUGGUGGAGGACAUGCGGGCAGCGCUGCAGAGCAGCGACGCCAGGUGCCUCGCUCUGCAGGUAGGACUGUGGAAAAGCCAUGCUAAUCAUAAGAAAGAUGGGACCUGUUUUGUAGGUAAUAGGAGACAGUUAACUCCCAAACACUCCCAGCCCACCAAGUGCCUUCAGAGUGUCCUAAAGGAGGUGGAACUAAUCCGGAAUUCCAGGGAUGGACAAAUUGAAGAAGCAAUUAGGGUCAAUCAAGAACUGCAAAAAGAAUUGAGGAGUUCCCAGGAAGCUAUAGUCACCCUGGAAGACUGCAACCGUAAUCUGAAGAGGGAACAGGCAGAAAUGAGGAAGAAAGUGGAAGAAGCGAGACACGCAGUCCUUAACAGUCUUGGCAAAGUGAAGGAGUUAGAAGCAAAAGCCAAUAAAGUGCCACAUUUGCAGAUAUACAUCCAGCAGCUAGAAUCAGAACUACAGUACUAUAGGUCAGAGGUUCUGAAGCUUCAGCUUCCUUCAAGAGGCAGCACAAAGCAAAAAGAAGGAGCAGCACUACUGGAUGGAAGACACUGCUUAUCUGCUGUGCAACCGGAUCGAAGCUCACCCACUGGGGGAGCAGGGAUGUCAGAGAAUGUGGAAGAUCAGAUGUUCCGUUCUGUGGAGGGCCAGGCUGCCUCAGAUGAAGAGGAGGAGAAGUGGAUAGGGGACCAGCAAUCCCAGAUGGCUGACUUGAAGAAACUUCUGGACAGGGUUCCCUGUUGUGGAAGUGGAUGUGAUGACAAAAUGGUGAAGAAACUGAUGUCUUAUUUUGGGAGCACCAAUAAUGAUGACCAUGAGAAUGCCACUGUGGAGCUAGCGGAGAGAAUCACCACGUUAACUGAACAGCUUGAGAUGAAAGGGAAUGAAGUGAAAAAACUGGAAACAAACAUGAAGGAGAUGAAAGGCCCAUUGCUAGGUGAACUGCAACAAAAGAUGGAGGAGACUGAAUUGUUGAAGAUGGAGCUACAGAUGUUGGAGACUGAGAGAGUUAGGCUGUCACUGGUGGAAGAAAAGCUCAUGGAUGUUUUACAGCUUCUUCAACAACUUCAAGACCUGAGCAUAUCUAAGCGAGCCUUGGGGAAAAUCUUGCUGAGCACUUUGGAAUCCUGUCGUGACCCCCAACAUGGAAAAGCCCACAUUCUUGAGGUCCUAGAUACCCUCUACCAUGAGCUAGCUGCCUGUGAACUCCUACAAAGCAAGCCUCUAGAAAAAGCUCAAAGUCACCAGUCCUUGUCUAACCCACUGGUUAUCUCUUGUUGA